AUGACGGUGCCGCUCAAGGACUACACGCUCUUUAAGCCCUACCAGCUCAGUAAAAACCUCGAGCUCAAAAACCGCAUAGUCAUGUCCCCGCUCACGCGCGCCCGAUGCGACCCCGUGACCCACGAGGCAGGACCCAUGCAAGUCGAGUACUACUCGCAGCGUGCCGGCGCCGGACUCAUCGUCACGGAAGCCGUCGCCGUGUCCGUGCAAGGCUUCGGAUGGUACGGCGCCCCAUGCAUGUACACGGAGGCCCACCGAGACUCGUGGAAGCCCGUCGUGGACGCCGUCCACACCAAAGGAGCCAAAAUCUUCCUGCAGAUAUGGCACAUCGGCCGCCAGGGCCACCCGAGCUUCAGCGGAGACGUCGUGGGACCCUCCGCCAUCGCACCUGUGUCGGGCCACACCCGCGACGUGAACGCCGAGCAAGCUCCGUACGAAGUCUGCCGUGAGCUGCGCACCGACGAAAUUCCCGAGAUCAUCAACGACUUCUGCAAGGCCGCGCGUCUGGCCAAGGAGGCCGGCGUCGACGGCGUCGAUAUCCACGCAGCCAACGGAUACCUGCCCGACACGUUCCUGCAGUCGGUCACCAACACGCGCACGGACAAGUACGGCGGCUCCAUCGAGAACCGCGCGCGCUUCCUGCUGGAGCUGGUGGAGGCGCUGCAGAAGGAGUGGCCCGCCGACCGCAUCGGCCUGCGACUGUCGCCCAACGGUUUCUACGGCGACACCGGCAGCGCCGACAACUACGACAUGUGCUGCUACGUGGCCGACAAGCUCAGCUCGUAUGGACUCGCGUACCUGGCCACGCUGGACGGCUUCGGCUUCGGCUUCCAGGACAAGGGCCCGCUCACCAAGCCCUUCGACGUCAAGAAGAACUUCAGGGGCACCGUCAUGGCCGCCAACAGCUACACGCGCGACACGGCCGAGGGCGUCUUGCUCAGCGGUGCGGCCGACCUCGUGGGCUUCGGCCGCCCGUACAUCUCGAACCCGGACCUGGCGGAGCGCUUCAUCAACGACUGGCCGCUGAACGCGCCGGCCGGGUACGACACGUGGUUCGGCACGCGCAUGCCCGGUCCUCGCGGCUACAUCGACUUUACGGUGUACAACCCGGACUCGAAGUGA